CCGCAUGCGGCACUGGGGUGGCAGCAGGCAGGCGGCUCGGACGGGCUGGGCGCGCCGGGGGCGACGCGAUGGGGCUAUGAGGGGCGCGUGGGCCGGGCGCUCCUUUACCCGCCGCGCUGGGCAGAGCCGAGCUUCUCCCCCUCCCCCCAUGAGGUCGCUGCUGGGGGGCGCGCGCCGCAGAGAGGCCGGUUGAGUCCGGGCUGCCGCUGUUAACGGCCGAGGCCCGGGGCUGCCCCCACUAUGCGAUGGGGAACUGCUGGGCGCAGUGGUGCUGCGGCCUCUUCGUGCGGAGCGAAGCGGGGCGGAUCCAGCGAGGCGGAGGAUCAAAGUAUUUUAGAACAUGUUCUACUGGAGAACACUUCACUAUAGAGUUUGAGAAUCUAGUGGAAAGUGAUGAGGGAGAAAGCCCAGGAAGCAAUCAGAGACCUCUCUCAGAGGAAGAAAUUGCUGAUCUGAGAGACAGGCAUUAUGAUUCUAUUGCUGAAAAGCAGAGAACAGUUGAUAUGAAGCUUCAGUCUGAGUUAGCCUUACAAGAGGAGAAGUUAAGAAUAGAAGAAGAGGCUUUAUAUGCUGCACAGCGUGAAGCAGCCAGGGCAGCAAAGCAGAAAAAGUUCUUGGAGCAACAUAGACUACAGAGGAUAGUGCAGCAAGCACAAGAGGUUAAUAAUGGAGAAUAUCAAAGCUCAGUGGCAGAGGAGGAUUUUGAUUCUUACUUGAGAAAUAUAAAACUCCAAUAUGAAGCUUUUCGAAGCAGUAGACUGUCAUCUGAUGCUACUAUUUUGACACCAAACACUGAGAGCAGCUGUGACUUAAUGACUAAAACAAAAUCAACAAGUGGAAAUGAUGAUAGCACUUCACUAGAUCUAGAGUGGGAAGAUGAAGAAGGCAUGAACAGAAUGAUUCCAAUGAAAGAGCGCUCUAAAACAGAAGAAGAUAUACUCCGGGCAGCACUGAAAUUUAACAGCAAAAAGACAGGAAGUAAUCCAACCUCAGCCUCUGAUGACUCAAAUGGUUUGGAAUGGGAGAAUGACUUUGUUAGUGCUGAAAUGGAUGAUAAUGGCAAUUCAGAGUAUGCUGGAUUUGUGAAUCCUGUAAUAGAACUGUCUGUGUCAGACAUACAUAAACCCAGCACUGAUCAACAAGACAGAUAGUGAACUUGUGAGGCCUGUUGAUCAGUGAUAAAAUGUUUAAAGUUAAAGGGAGUGUACAGAAAGUUGAGUCCUUUCUAUCAGAAAAAGAAGGAAACUGAAUCAAUAUUCAUUAGAAAGGAAUGGGAAUGAUUUGUUAUCUGAGUUGCUUCAGAAUUAAGUGCAAUUUUAUUGUCUACCUUUUAAAUGUUUAUGAAAAUACUGGGAUGGUUCUAUCUUGUAUAUUUCUUGAAAUUUGGGAUUCAUAUAAAAUUAUCUGCACUAAGUCACAGCUUGACAUACUUGUAAUUUAACUAGUCACUUAGUUUCAAUGUGUUUCUACUGGUUGUUUUACAUGUUGUCAUUGGCCUAAUAUUUAUCUUGAGAAUAAAUACCCUACUUAAGUUACCUUAAUACUGGAAUGUAUUAAGUGGUGGGUAUGGUUCUGUGGCCUUCCAUGUGCAGGAGGUGAGACUAGAUGAUCAUGAAUGGUCCCUUUUGGCCUUAAAGUCAGUGAGAAUGUGAAAGUAGAGACAUUACAUUUAUAAACUGCCUUUUUUCAUAAUCUACUUUUUGAUUCGUUCUUUAACAUAGGAAGGUAGAGUCAGCAUUUGAAAUGUUGAUUGUUUGAAUUUUCUUGUGCCAACCAUAACGAUUCAAAUGGCAUAUCCAAUAGAAAAAAGAUUAGACAAGAUUGGUCCUGUAAAAUGAGUACUGUGUUUAGUGAAAGUAUGCUACGUAAAGAUUUUUUUUUUUUUUUUUAAAUAGCUGCCCUUCAGGAAAUUUUGAAAUUUGAAAGUUACUCAAAGGAAAAUUCAGAGGACCAAAGAUUAAUUUUUUUUCCUACUUAAAACUCAUCAAAUGUGAUAGUACAAAAGUGUUUAGAGAGACUUUUUACUCAUGGAAUACUUAUUUCUUCAGCUUUGUAUGAAUAAUUCUUAUAGACAGCAUUGUGAACAGACUUGCAGUAUAUGGAACAAAAUCACUUUUUGCUAGGUUUGGAAGAAAGCCACAGGAUCUAUGUUAACACAAAUAGGAGUACUCAUCCUUUCCAGUUACGAAACAGUACAUUGAAUUUUUCAAGCUUUCAUAUGCUUUGUAACUGGAAAGUUACCAUUGCUGCUAUGAGCUGAAACGUAAGCAAGUCUUCAUGGCAUCUGAUGUAUAGUCUCCCCUCACAUUUUGGUUAUGAAUUAAAUAAAACAUUAACUGGAGAGACUGUAAAACACAGCUGUGUGUUUUUUCUGAACUUUCAGUAAAGCUUUACUCUCCUAAUAUAAACUGUGUUCCUCUAUAGCGUCUUUAUGAAUAAGGAUUUUCAUGUGUGGCUCUUUAUUUUUAGAAUAAAGGCAAUGCACUUCUUCAAAGUUACAAAAAUCUGCAUCAUCAGAAAUAACAAAAGUAUAUAUUGUCUAAUGUGUAAUCCAUUUAGAUAUCUGGGCACCUGUAAUAUGGCAAGGUCAGGGUAGUUUGAUCUUCCUAAUGCCUUUUAUCUAAAAAUAUAGUACCAGACACUGACUAAAUAUGUACAUACACUGACACAUAGGAAACAGCUAAAUCUUUUAAUGUACUUAACAUUCCAUUUCUUAAUUUAAGUUGUAGCUAUGUUGUUGGAAAUAUUUCAAUGUAAUACUUGCAUUUGCAAUGCCUGAAAUAUGUUUUUAAAAGUUUGUACAUCUCAAAUGUAUAUUUUUUUUGUUUUGGUGUAAGCAACUACUGUAAUUUUUUUCUUGACAUAUAUUCAUAUACUGAACUCAAAGGAAAGGCAACUUUCUUAAGCUGUAAAUAAACUUUUUUACUCAAAAA